AUGGACUCCAUCAAGCAGUUAAGGAAAGCCACUGUGGGUAAAAAGCCCAUCGAGCUCUUCAAGGAUGGAGAGAAGACGGAAAAUAUUAAAGAAGCCACCCACGCUUCGUUGGGCGACGAUCAGAAGUAUGGUUUGGACGAGCUCACCAACUUCUACAACGAAGACCAGCGCCAGCUGCUUCGGGCGGUGAUUUUCUGCUGGAUGCAUGAUAAGUCAUCUAUUGUGGAUUACAAGAACGCAUGUUUAGAGAAUGGCAUUCCUGAUUUCAAGUUCUUGGUUAAAGCUGAAUUGACAACCUGGUUGAGUGGAAGUUCUGACGCUUGUCAGUUUGUUAAGGAAGAUGAGUCUUCAAGCAAAGCUGGCGGUGCCGAUGCCGACGGAAACGAUAAAAAGAGAAAGUUGGAGGACCCUCAGAUGGCACGUAUAGAAAGUUACCAGGAAGACUCUGUUGAUCACAACUCGGCGUUGAGAGGAUCGAAGAACAUCGUCUUCAAGAAUCUUAUAUCGGACGCCAAAAGGUUUGCCUCUCAGUUGAAGAGAAGCAAGUCUUCCAGACCAAGUAGUGCUAACGGCGCUGGCGCUGCCGCCAACAAGAAACUGCCUAUCAUCAUUAUUUCCCCAGCUACUACUGCAUUACUUUCUCUUGCAAACAUCAAAGAGUUUUUGGAAGAGAGCCGAUUCGUUGAACCAAAUGUCAGCACUAUGAAAAGACCAGAAUCCGGUGUGGUCACCAUCAACCAUCCAUCGGACAAGUUAGCACCAUCUGCUCAUUCUAUCAUGGUGGUGGACAACGUUGAUAUGUUCACCAAACCAGAAUAUUGGGAUAGAGUUGUUGCCAUUUUCACCACUGGUCAAGCGUGGCAAUUUUCAAAAUACAAGUACUCAAAGCCUGAGGUGUUGUUCCAGAAGUAUCCUGGUUUCUUCGUCGCUUACCAGAACGACGUUGUGCCUAAACAGAUCAAGGACUGGAACGUCAACGUGGUGAGAAUCGACAGAGGAGAGAAAAGAUUCAGAGACAAAAUGAUCGUCAGAGACUUGUGGAUCCACUUGGAAAAAAUCCUUAUCGGGAGACAAUACGGUGCACAAGAAUAG